GGGUUGGGGUGGCCCCGCCUCCUAUUGGCCUCGCUGCGUGGGUGCGACCGUGGGUAGUGAGGUCUCGUGCUGUCUCGUGCGCAAGCUAACGUUAGCGGUUGUCUUGGCUUCCCUCAGUCCCUUGCGCGGCCCACGUCUCUGGUAGAGUGCGCGGUGGCGGAGCAAGAUGCAGCGAGCGGUGCUGCGGCUUUGUAGCCCAGACAGGGGGUUACUUACUCCUGGUCGAAGAUUCCUUCAAGGAUUUCGCAGUUCGGGUAAAGAGAGCGUGUUCCACGUUCAUGAAGUUCGAGAUAAGCUGCGAGAGAUAGUAGGAGUGUCUACAGACUGGAGAGAACACAUGAAAGCAAUGGAUGAAAGAAAAUUGCUGCAUACUUUUUUGGCUGGGUCACAGAAAGAGUUGCCACCAAGGAGAAUGAAAGACAGUUAUAUUGAAGUUCUUUUGCCCUUGGGCAGUCAGCCUGAAUUACGAGAAAAGUAUUUGACUGUUCAAAACACUGUAAGAUUUGGCAGAAUUCUAGAGGAUCUUGACAGCUUAGGAGUUCUUAUUUGCUACAAGCACAACAAAAUUCAGUCAGCUAAGAUGUCUCCUCUAUCAAUAGUUACAGCUCUGGUGGACAAGAUUGACAUGUGCAAGAAGAGCUUAAGCCCAGAACAGGACAUCAAGUUUAGUGGCCAUGUUAGCUGGACUGGGAAGACAUCCAUGGAAGUAAAGAUGCAGAUGUUUCAGUUACUUGACGGUGAAUUUUCACGUGUUUUGGAAGCAACAUUUGUAAUGGUGGCCCGUGAUUCUGAAAAUAAAGGGCCUGCAUUUGUAAAUCCGGUCAUCCCUGAAAACCUAGAAGAAGAAGAGCUCUUUAAACAAGGAGAAUUAAACAGAGGGAGAAGGAUUGCCUUCAGUUCCACAUCAUUACUGAAAGUGGCUCCCAAUGCUGAAGAGAGGACAGCCAUACACAAUAUGUUUCUUAGCACGCUGGAUUCAAAGACUAUGAGUUUCCGAAGUCGAAUAUUGCCCCCUAAUGCAGUAUGGAUGGAGGAUUCAAAACUGAAGGGCUUGGAAAUUUGUCACCCUCAGGAGCGGAAUAUUUUCAAUCGGAUCUUUGGAGGUUUCCUUAUGAGGAAAGCCUAUGAACUUGGAUGGGCUACUGCUUGCAACUUUGGUGGUUCCCGACCAUUUGUAGUAGCUGUGGAUGACAUCAUGUUUCAGAAACCUGUUGAGGUUGGAUCAUUGCUGUUUCUUUCUUCGCAGGUAUGCUUUACUCAGCGCAAUUACAUUCAAGUCAGAGUUCACAGUGAAGUGGCCACUCUUGAGAAUAAAAGGCAUACAACCACCAAUGUCUUUCAUUUCACGUUCAUGUCAGAAGAACAAGUGCCUUUGGUGUUCCCCAAAACAUAUGGAGAGUCCAUGUUAUAUUUAGAUGGACAACGGCAUUUUAACUCCAUGAGUGUACCAGUGACCUUGCGAAAGGCCUACCUUGUGGAACCCUAGGAGCUCUGUGCAGUUGAAGACCAGUACUCCAUAGUGCCUGAUGAAGGCCUGAUCCUAUGUAUUGCUUCUUGUGUUUAUUCAAAUUCUCCAAAGAGAAGAAUGUGUUCAGCUCUCAUGAUGUUAAGAAAAACAGGAUGAGAGCGACUUGGUGGGUCACUGAGAAAAAAAGUUGCUAAACAAUAAAUAUUUUCAAGAGAA